AUUCAAUUACUUCUAUUAUGACUAUGAAGAACACUUUGCUCCAUGUGAUAUGGGAUCUGCAAAUGUUUUUGGUGCAACCUUCCUACCAGUCCUGUACUCCCUCGUGUUUCUCUUUGGUCUACCUGGGAACACACUUGUGUUGUGGGCUCUUCUAAAACACAAACGUUUGAAGAAUAUGACAGACAUUUAUCUUUUCAAUUUGUCAUUGUGUGACUUGCUGUUUGUGAGCACACUUCCUUUUUGGGCAUAUUCUGCUGCAAAUCAAUGGAUUUUUGGAGAAGCCUUUUGCAAGAUUGUUUCUGCUGCUUAUGAGCUUGGCUACAAUGGAGGCACAAUGUUCAUAAUCUUGAUAACUGUAGACCGCUACCUUGCAAUUGUUCACGCUGUAUUUUCGGUCAGGACUAGGACUGUUCGAAAUGGGAUCAUUUCAAGUGUAGUGAUGUGGUGUGUAGCUUUGGUUGCCUCAUUUCCCACAAUGAUAUUUAACACAAUCCAACCUGAUGGGGAAAGAUAUGUUUGUCAUACUUUCUUUCCACAGGGCAAUGUUUCAAAUUGGAAACUCUUUGUCCUUUUCAAAUCCAUUGUUUUGGGUUUUUGUGUUCCAUUGGCUUUUAUAGUUUUCUGUUAUACAAGAAUAAUUCAAACACUGCAUAAAAACAGGAGCUAUAAGAAACACAGGGCUAUAAAAGUUAUAUUUACUGUGGUCAUUGUGUUUUUUGUAUUUUGGACACCGUACAAUGUUGUGAUGUUGCUGGAGUCAUUGAGAGAACAGAAUGUUUUAACUGGCUGUGAGUUCCGAAUACAUCUACUGAUUGCCCAGCAAGUAACUGAAUCCAUCACAUUUGUACACUGCUGUUUAAACCCAGUCAUUUAUGCAUUUCUGGGUGAAAGAUUUCGAUUCUAUCUCCGCAGACUUCUUUACAGCUGUUUUCCCCCAUCACUUAGAUAUAAAAUCAGUGACCAAUCUCAUUUGGCUUCUCAUGCUUUACCUGCUUCUGUCCGUUCAUUAUCCUCUGGGGACCACGACUCCUCCACAGUUCUGUAGCUCAGUCUCUCAGGUGCUAUGUUGCAAUAUGGAGUUGCCCAUACGAAGGUUAUGCCUGAAACAUUGACUCCCUUGCUCCUCAGGUGCUGCCUGACCUGCUGUGCUUUUUCCAGCACCACACUUUAUUGACAUCUAGGGAGUCCUUAAUUUAAGUCAUUCUCUCAUGGAUCUUUCCACUUUAAAGUUCUUUCUUUCUCUCGACCAUAUUUUUUUCAUUUGAAGGGCCACUUAUCAUUUUAACGUCUCUUACUUCCUGUCAUGUCAUGCAUUAUUGUGUCUCUCAUCUCAUUAUAUCAAUGUCUAGAUUAGAGGUGCUGCUGGAAA